UCUCCAGGUGAAGGAGGAGCAAAUACGAGACUCUGGGGACACUUCCCCGGUUGGCAUUAAGCUCCACCAUCACUGAGUUUAAGUACCACGCCUUCCCUCCAAGUGUGCUUCUUUGGGAUCUGCUGGAAGAACAGAUAUGGAAGACAGUGAGGUUGUUAGAACCAAUAAUAAUGGAGAAAGGAAGAUGUACAAUGAAAAGAGCACAAAAGACCAGAGAUCAGUGGGAAGUGGCAAAGGGAGACUCUGCAAAACCCUUGGAUAUCUAACAGGAAAAAUGAAAGCAUGUGGAGACUGGCUGAAAGAUAAACCUCUAGUUGUUCAGUUUAUUGACUGGGUCCUGCGGGGAAUAUCCGAGGUGAUGUUUGUCAACAACCCACUCAGUGGGCUGCUUAUUCUAGCCAGACUGUUGAUCCAGAAUCCUUGGUGGACAAUCACAGGCUGUUCAGGAACAGUUGUCUCAAUGUUUACAGCACUUAUUCUGAGCCAGGACAGAUCGGCCAUAGCAGCAGGACUGUUUGGCUACAAUGGGGUCCUGGUGGGACUGCUCAUGGCUGUGUUCUCUGACAAAGAAGACUAUUAUUGGUGGCUUCUACUGCCAGUUGUUGUUACAACCAUGGCUUGCCCCGUUCUUUCCAGUGCUUUAGGUUCAGUCUUCAGGAAAUGGGACCUUCCUGUUCUCACCCUGCCUUUCAAUAUUGCUGUGUCUCUUUACUUGGCCGCCACUGGGCGCUACAACCUCUUCUUCCCUACAACGCUCAUUCAGCCUGUAACAUCAGUGCCCAAUAUCAACUGGUCUGAAAUCAAAGCGCCACUGCUGCUACAAUCCGUUCCAGUCGGCAUUGGUCAGGUGUACAGCUGUGAUAAUCCCUGGACUGGUGGCAUCUUCCUGGUUGCUUUACUCAUCUCCUCUCCACUCAUUUGCUUGCAUGCUGCAAUCGGAUCAGCAGUGGGGAUGCUGGCAGCGCUGACCAUUGCAACACCAUUUGACAGGGUCUACUUUGGCUUGGAGAGUUACAACUGUGUGCUUGCUUGCAUUGCAAUCGGAGGCAUGUUCUAUGCUGUUUCCUGGCAGACACACUUCCUGGCACUUGCCUGUGCAUUAUUUUGUGCCUAUGCUGGAGCAGCUCUUGCUAAUAUCUUGUCUGUGAUUGGAUUACCAGCCUGCACCUGGCCUUUCUGCCUCUCAGCACUUCUCUUUUUGCUACUAACUACAAAUAACUCUGCAAUCUACAAGCUGCCACUCCGCAAAGUCACUUAUCCAGAAACCAACCGAGUCUACUACCUGAGAAUGAAAAGAAGAGAGCAGAAACCCACCGGUGAUUAACCAAUACAAAUGGGAGACAAUUUGUGAUCCUCAAUGUAGCUGCACAUAUUGAUCUCAAAAGCACAUGAAUUAGAAGUUUCAGUACUAUCUGUCAAACACACACACACACAUGUCAGCAAUUCAUGUCUUCAACAACUGUGUGUUGUUCUCUGAGGGCUGAGGUUAUAUAUAUCAUAUUUUGGAGGAAAUGUUUGUUCAUGAUCUAAGCUUCAUAAAAUGCAUUCACAUAACAUAAUGGGUGUCUUACAGAUGUAUAUGAUACUAAUUUGAAACAAAUUAUUAUUAUUCAUAAUAAUAAUAUUGUAGGAGUUGACUUUUAUUUUACAUUUGCAUGGUAGCACAAUAAGGUCCCAAACCUGACAAGGAUUUUUGGAUGCUGCCAUAAUAUAAUAAUAAUACUGUGAGAAGAACCUUUUAAUGAUCAGUGGUUAAAAUCAAGAAGUAAUAUGUUAGUAAUGCAACAGAAAGACUGACUGAUUUACUCUUUUGGCAUCACAUAAAUCUUGUCUAAGCCCCCAAAUCUCAUCAUUAAAUCCAUAAUAUAAAUUGUUAAAAUUCUUAUUGAAUUCAUCAUCUUUCUCUGUAGUCUGUUGUCUUUUCCUUAUUUUACAUUGCAGUUAAGAUAUUCGUAUUUUCCCUCUAUCAUCAGACUAGGGAAGUGACUUACUUAUAAUUGUGUUGGCCAUUAACACCAUCUUCUCCAUCAUACAAACAGAAAAAUAACAAUCCCCAACGAAAAACACAAAAGUAUGUGUCCAUCUUACCUAUGUUAUACCACACAUCCAGCAGGGAGCAGCAAAAGGAAGAAUGGAGGAAGACUGUGACAAAUGCAGUUACUGUUAUAUCUUUUCUCUCUAUUGUCCUAUCAGGACAACCCCUCUAAAGCAGAGGUAAUGAACAAAUAGCCAAGUCAAAGAUUCCCAUUGGAUUGGUCUCCACCCUAUUUAUCCAACUGGACUUAGUGCCAGUUGUGGGACAUUCUCUGGGCCUGGCUCUCUGUUGCACUGCCCCUUAGGGUCGUUAUUUAUGUGAGUGCAAAAUGAGUGGAGAAGAGAACUGGUCGGGAAUUUUUCAACACAUUUUGUUGGAAAAAGCCAAUUCAUCAGAACCAAAACUUGUUGCAGAAAAGGGGUCUGUUUCGAUACAUUUUUCAACUCAAAAAUUUUGAGAAGUAAAGUUCUGAAACUCAGAAUGUUUUGUUUCAACAUUGUAAAGAAUUCCAGUGUUCUGGUUCAAAGUGAAUCUUUAUUUCAAAAUGCACACUGAGUGUAG